AUGUGUCACACCCGUGAACUUGCAUACCAGAUCAAGAAUGAGUAUGCUCGUUUCAGCAAGUAUAUGCCAGAUGUGAAGACCGCCGUCUUUUAUGGAGGAACCCCAAUCCAGAAGGAUGCCGAGAUCCUGAAGAACAAGGAUACCCACCCUCACAUCAUCGUCGCUACACCUGGUCGAUUAAACGCUCUCGUAAGAGAUAAGUUCUUGCGACUCGGGAGCUGCAAGGUGUUCGUUCUCGACGAGUGUGACAAGAUGCUGGACCAAAUCGACAUGCGCCGCGAUGUCCAGGAAAUUUUCCGAGCUACGCCCACUCAGAAGCAGGUCAUGAUGUUCAGUGCAACCCUUUCACAAGAAGUUCGACCAAUUUGCAAGAAGUUCAUGCAGAACCCUCUUGAGAUCUACGUCGAUGACGAGACUAAGCUCACCCUUCAUGGUCUUGCUCAAUACUACAUUAAGCUUGAUGAGAAGGAGAAGAACCGCAAGUUGAACGAGUUGCUUGAUGAGCUUCAAUUCAACCAGGUCAUCAUCUUCGUGAAGAGUACUGUACGCGCAACUGAACUCGAUAAGCUGUUGCGUGAAUGCAACUUCCCAUCCAUCGCUGUCCACUCCGGUGUAAGCCAGGAGGAGCGUAUCAAGAGAUACAAGGAAUUCAAGGAAUUCAACAAGCGUAUCUGCGUUGCCACCGACGUCUUUGGUCGUGGUAUCGAUAUCGAGCGUAUCAACUUGGCCAUCAACUACGACCUCCCCUCUGAUGCUGAUUCAUACCUCCAUCGUGUCGGUCGUGCCGGUCGUUUCGGUACCAAGGGUGUUUCCAUCUCCUUUGUCAGCUCCGAGGCCGACCAGGAGGUAUUGAAGGCAAUUGAGAAGCGUUUCGAGGCUUCGGUUCCCGAAUACCCCGCCGACGGCAUCGAUUCUAGCACCUACAUGGCUAAUUAG